GGCGCGUGCUAGUGAAGAAGAAGACUCUGAAAGUAGUGCUUGGAGGUCCCUAUUCUGCUCGUCCGCAUCGGUCGUUAGUACCCAUUUCUUGCGGCAGGUACUAGUGCUAAAGAACUGCCCCACGCCCCAUGAAGAAGCGCGUGUCCGACGCCCCCUCGAUAGCUACGCUGAGCACCGUCUCCAGCACCAGUGGAGUCUCGGCCAGCACGGCUCCGUCGGUGACCUUUGCCGCAGACACCACCGACAAGGAGAGUCCUGCCCGCGCGAUCCAGGCGCCGCCGACCGAGCUGCUGCGCCGCGCCCCGCGACUCGCACGAAGGCGGAUCGACAGCUUCUCGGGCAGCGACAAGCUACGACGCCUCGCGAGAGCCACCCUGGCGCAAGAUGGCGCCGCCCGGCGCGAGUUCCCAGCUGCCUGUUGCGCGGACCCUCAAGAGCGUCCCAUUACAGCGCCGCGGAUGUUUUCCAGGAUACGAUUAAAGGGUAACGUGGCAGCCCCGCCGGACCCUUCACGUAAGACAACAACGAGUGCCCCCAAGAAACGUGCCAACAGGUCGCUCUCACAGCUCGACUUCGUCCGAAUCAAGCCCUCCCGCACACAGGAGGACGCGACCAUGGCCAUGCCGUCAGCAACGCUGCAGCCAGAGAAAUCCGGCGCAGAGAUGCGCUGCGGUUGGCCACCUCCACGCUGGUUCUGCCUUUUGCUUCUGGCUGUCGUGGCCGUCGUGCUCAGCGCGGUCGUGCUCGCCUUCCUCGUCCAUCUCCUGUGGGGCGCCAAGGGGACCCCCACUGUGCGGGUGUGCCACACGCACGAGUGCCACGAGUACGGCCGGCGGCUGGGCCGCUCGCUGAACCAGUCGGUGCGGCCCUGCGACAGCUUCACGCAGUUCGUGUGCGACGGAUGGAGGCGCGAGAACGAGUUCAGCACCUACGAGCUACUCGUCGCGCAGGGGCUGGAGUCUGUGACGCGCACGUUGGACGCCUUAAACGUGCCGCAGACCGGGCAGAGCAGCGCGCAGCGUGGAGCAGCUCUCUACCGCAGCUGCGAAAAACUGCUGUACGGCGAACGCGACGACCUCGCUGCCGUCAGGGAAGCCCUCGGGGAAGCCGGCAUCACGUGGCCGAGACGUCCAGCCAGGGCGGACGUGCUCCACACCGUCCUGGUCACGUCGCUGCGUCUGGGCUGGGACGUCCUGUUCCGCUUCGUUUCGCUCCGUUCUCCACAGGCGAGGCUCGCCGUCAACUCAGGAAGGACCAUCGUCCUCAUCCUCAACAGGAACAAGAUGGCGUUGGAGUUGGCUCCCACGGGCAUGCGUCGGGGUUACUUCUCCAUGCUACGCAGCAGCAUGCUGCCACCUCAAGUGAGCCAGAGGCACGAAACAGCGACAGUGGCAGACGAGGUCAGCUUACAAGAGGUCGCUGCAAUCGAAGAACUGACGCUGCCGAGGCUGAGCGAAUCCUACUACAUGCCCAGCGCAUCGCCGGAAAGCGCCAACCACAUGUCGGACAUUCCCGAGCUAGGACCACUCGGAUUAUCCCGGGCGAGGUGGUUGGCGGCGCUGCGCAAGUUUGGCCUGGGCGACGUGAGAGAGUUUGUCACGGCCAACCCAGAGUACGUGCGGACGUUCCUGGACCUAUGGAAUCGCCUGGGAGAGAACACAACACACAUCUUUGUCUCCUGGUGCACGGUUCAGGUUGCGGCACUGCUGGCCAACCAGAACCUGAUUGUCAACUUCUACGACGGUAACUCCCGGCGUGCACUGUCACUGCACGUGGCCUUCUGCUUGGGGCUGGCGUACGCCGUCUCCGGUCCCGUUCUCUUCUCCGGCUACAACCGCCACAUCCUGAAGGCCACGGUGCGGCAAGACGCCAGCCGCCUCCUUCUCGGCGUGCGCGAGUUCUUCAGGAAGCGACUGGUCCGUUGGCACGGCUACGACAUGAACACCACCGUGGUUGGCCAGUGGUCCUCGCUGGACGUAGUGUUCAGGGAGUUGGGGAUCGGCGACCGCACCAAACCUGGGGACGCUGUCGGCGGCUCCGGUAGUAGGUAUAGUGGCGCCGCCGAAAAUACUACCGGCGGCGGCGUGGGGCCAGACAUGACCGAGGAUUCCCUGGUCGCCAACCUUCGCAAGGUGUCUUCAUCCGUUACCAUGGGGAUCCGUGAUGAUGACGCCCGUGGCGACGCGGAGGAGAGCGCCGUCUCCGUCUCUAUCAGUGCGAUGCGCCUGUCGGCCGUGUCGAGGGCGAACCGCGAUUUCACGCUUGUGCCUUACGCCCUCUCGUUCCCGCACUUCGACAACCACCUUCCCGCGGCUGUAAACUACGGUGGACUCGGAGCCGAAGUGGCCAGGGCGCUAGGCCUACUCGUCUCGAAUGCCUACCGCUCCCACCCGACGUCGAGGGUCUGGCUCGAAGACCUCGUCCGUUGUCUCAGCACCAGCCGAUUCGCGGACAAUGCCGGCGUCGACGUGGCCGAGGUGCUGUCCCUCGGGGCCCUGGUGGACGCGUAUGAGGAUGUCCGAGCCGACGCGGCUGCGGCGAAGCUCCCUGGACUCGAGUCGUACACCGACCUGCAGCUCUUGUUCAUGGCUCUGUGCUUCGCCAAGUGCCGAGGCAGCAGCGCCCGAAAGACGCCGCUGUCGGCCUGUAACCUGCCGCUCAUGUACUCGCCGCAGUUCGCUCGUGCCUUUGGCUGCGCGGUCGGCACUCCCAUGAACCAGCUUAACCAGUGUCCAACGAUGUGAAUCGUAUGAUCUGCGAUGUUCCGAACGUUUUAGUUCCCUUUGGUCACAGGAACUUUAUCCCUCGCUGCUUUUCUAUGUGAACAAAUGUGGUCGCGGAAUUCACACUUUCAAAAUGCCAUUUUGCUCUAUUGUUGGGUCAAUAUAGCAAUGACGUGACUUCUGCUCCCCCUCUUGUACGUACCCUUUGAAAAGACAGGGCUAAACAAUACUCAUUAUGAGUGGCGAUCGACAUGCAUCCGCGGUUUUAGGACUGCAGACGAACUAUUUGUUAUUGUUUGUCUGGUGUAGUUUUUCUUCCCUUUCUUAGCACGCUGCUCUCCUCAAUGGACAAAAUGCGACGGGGCCGGGCAUUACAGACGCUUUCCAGCGGCUGUUUCGAAUUCGGCAGAGCAUAAGCUCAUAAUCUCCUGCCUCGCCAUUACAUUUUUAUUAUCGUCA